GCGCGCUCCCAUUGGCAGGCUCGCCGGGCCGUCCCCGCCCUCCGAUCCUGCGCUGCACUAUAUAUAGGGCGAAAAAGCCGCGAAAGCAGGUAUUCGCUCUCCGAGCCCACAGCACAAGCGCAAGUCCACGCCCCCACCACUCACUGUCGACAUGUCUGGACGCGGCAAGGGAGGAAAGGUGAAGGGGAAGUCAAAGUCCCGCUCCAGCCGUGCCGGCCUGCAGUUCCCCGUGGGCAGGAUCCACCGUCUCCUGAGGAAGGGCAACUACGCCGAGCGCGUGGGCGCCGGCGCCCCCGUGUACCUGGCGGCCGUCAUGGAGUACCUGGCCGCCGAGGUGCUCGAGCUGGCCGGCAACGCGGCCCGCGACAACAAGAAGACCCGCAUCAUCCCCCGCCACCUGCAGCUGGCCAUCCGCAACGACGAGGAGCUGAACAAGCUCCUCUCCGGCGUCACCAUUGCCCAGGGAGGUGUGCUGCCUAACAUCCAGGCGGUGCUCCUGCCCAAGAAGACCGAGAAGAAGUAAUCGCCCUCGGCCUUUCAGGGACGACAACAGUACCGUUUAAUCCGGCUCCCCUUGGGAGCCACACCCUUUUCCAAAAAGAGACUUCUGGACACACACCCUCAACUACAUAGUGACAUUCCUAGGUCAAUUCCUGCUGAUAUUACUAGGAAGAAGACCCUCAGUCAUGACAACAACGACAAUUAACAACCCCCGAGUCUGGCAGGCUUCCCACAGUUAGUUUGUUUGUUUUCUUCAUGGCAGGUAAGGGACUCCUCUGCUGACAACAACCACAACCCACAAAACAUAACAUAACA